AUGGCGUUUGGAAAGAAAAAUAAUCAAGUGGAGAGAACUGAAAUGUUGGAGUGCCUAGGAGACAGUGAUUUUCUUGCCAAACUUCACUGUAUUCGACAGGCUUUUCAGAAUCAGCCAACAGGAUCUUCCUUGCUGAAAGUGGGAGGAAAAUUUAUCAGCGUUAAUUGUAAAAGCACGAAAGAAUCCAAGAAGUUUGAAGAUGUUUUUGAUGAAAUGAUCUAUUUUUUAGAGCAGACUGAUCACUGGGAUAGUACUGAAAUGGAACUUGCUGCUAGAGGAGUGAAAAAUCUAAAUUUUUAUGAUGUUGUCCUGGAUUUUAUAUUAAUGGAUUCCUUUGAAGAUUUAGAAAACCCACCCACUUCCAUACAGAAUGUAGUAAAUAAUCGCUGGCUAAACUCCUCCUUCAAAGAAACUGCCGUGGCUUCAAGUUGUUGGUCAGUAUUGAAACAGAAAAGGCAACAGAUGAAGAUCCCAGAUGGAUUUUUUGCCCAUUUUUAUGCCAUUUGUGAGCACAUCAGCCCAGUCCUAGCCUGGGGCUUUUUGGGUCCUAGAAAUUCUCUGUAUGAUUUGUGUUGCUUCUUUAAGAACCAAGUUCUUUUCUUUCUCAAAGACAUCUUUGAUUUUGAGAAGGUGCGCUAUUCCAGUAUAGAGACUUUGGCCGAAGACCUCAUGCAGUUACUCAUUCGCCGCACUGAGCUUUUAAUGGCCUAUCUUGGAGCCGAUGCCCUGAGGCAUACGAGUAGCUGUAUAAGUAGUCAUGGUCCUGUUAUGCCCAGCAGCCUUUUGGAAGCCAAAGUACAAUAAGGACCUUAAAAACCAGACAAUUUGUGUGUGCUAUGAAAUACCUUGAAAGGUAACUAUUGAUUUCGUACCAUGUAUUACACAGAACUGGUGGCUAUGGACUCAGGGAGGAAAAAAAAAAGAGUCUAGUAAAGAAGGAGUGAUUGUACUGUACUUGCACAGCAGUUCUGUCAUUGGAUCCCUGUGUAGUGUGUCCAAAGCGUCUCCUUACAAUCCUUAGGUAAUAAUCAUUGUAAAAUGUUGUGUAUUUUACAGAACUAUUGCGUGAAUUGAAACCAGUACUUUGGAGUUAAUUGAUUUGUCAUUUGGAAGCUAUAUGAAAUGUCCAGUUUCAUGCUCACAAGCUUUGUUUUUAUGCUUUGCACCUCGAAGAUACAUACUUUAGCCAAGACUUUUAUGGCCCACAUAUGCAAGAAUAUAUUACUCCUAGUGUCAACAAACUUUGCCUGAAAAUGUGUUUUUAAUUGUAACGUUAUUCACUGUUUAAUCAGGUUUAGACAGUAGUGGUGUUUAAUAUGUACUGCUUACAUUAUUGCUUGUGCAUUUGCUUAAGUAUUUGAAUCAAAGAAAUUGUAGUGGCCUAGUAUCAUUAUAAAACAUUUAAAUGAAUUGCCACCGAGAAGAUGAAAAGUUAUAAGUUUAUAUUAGAUUUAUUACAGUUUCCAAAAUAUAUUACUGUUGAUCCUGUAUGUUACAAUAGAUAAAAUGAAGAAAUUUCUGUUAUCUUGGUAUAGGUUAGAGCAUUUUCCUUGAAUAAAUAUUGAUGGAAAAUAUAACAUUUAUUAACUGAUAGAUUAAAAUUUUUCCCGUGUAUUUUGACACUGUCUCCCCAAAUCUGAAGGUACUAAUGUUGAUAUAGUACAAUAAUUUCUUUCUUCUCCUUCUACAAAACUGGCUUUUAGUUAUUUCUGCAGAGGAACUUAACACACUGAGAAUUUGUCAUACCCAUAUUUUUAAAGUAUUCAUACUUUGACUCGUAGAGUAAGUUUUAAAGAAGGGUUUUUCCCCCCCUGAAUAUAGAGUAAAAUAUUUUUAAUGGUAUGGAGUAUAUUUCCUGUCCUUUAUGGUGGAUAUAUGAACAAAUGGGUUAUUCAUAUGAGUAAGAUUUUUCAAAGUAUAUUAGAUACUUCGAGAUUUGUAUUAAUUUUGUGUCUAAAUCGUAUACCACUUAUUUAGAGUGGCUGACUCAGUAUAUCAAUGGAUUGGAUUUGUUGAUUUUGCUCCUAAAGUGAGCUUUAUCAUUUUAGGAGUGUUACCCAAAAGGAUAUAAGAUAUAUUUUUUGAAAAAUGCAUUUUUAGAUUAAAGUGCCUAGUUUCUGGUUAAUGAAUGGAAAAUGAAAAGUGAAGAAAGAGGCAUAAUCUUUUAAGGUUUUAAGUUUAUGUGUGUGCCACAUUUAUGUAAUAUUAGUUACAAAAUAGGAGAUUCAGAAUCUUUAUGUUUGCAUGUGCUGUGUUCCAUAAUGUGUAGGUUAUAGCAUUAAACAAUAUGAAAUAUUACUCUAAUAUUUUUUGAGUAUGUAGCUCCUUGACUUUUUUACAUAUAUUCUUAAUUUAACAUUUGGCUGUUCAUAAUUCUUAGUAAUGACGGAAGAGUAUUUUUUAAAGUAUCAAAACUUAAAAUUCCAUUAUGUUAAUAUUUUCGUUUUUAAUUUAUAUCCUGUGUUUUAGCUUCUUGUUGAGAUACCAUUGGCCUUGAAUGAUUCACACACAUGCACACAUGUGUGCACACACCCAGUCCCAUUACUGUGUAAGCAAGGAAGUUAUUGCUUAUGUUAAUUUUCUUGUUUAGGGGGGCUAAAUGUUUUAAGCUGCGGUUUUAUAAACAAAGCUAUAAGUAAACUUAAAUCCCUUUUUUAUUUGAGGAAGCUAUUGUUUGAAAUGUAUUUUGAGGAAUUGCACUAUUUAAUAAUGCUGCUACUACAUGAAAUAACCCCAGGGAAUUUAUUUGAUCACUUAAGAUGAAUGGCUUUCCAGAAGGUUUUUUUUACAAUUUUUUUCUUCUUUUUCACACUUCACCUUAAUAAAAGAGAAAUUUCCCUUAUUUAAAUGGUUGGUUUGUCAGUGCCUGAGUUUGAUUAGUUUCUGGUCAGUUCAGAAGCUACUACCUUAGUGAGACGCUUUCUUUGUGGCUUUGGACGAAAGAGAUAAGAAUGACUAAAUAGGAGUUCCCGUUGUGGCUCAGUGGUUAAUGAAUCUGACUAGGAACCAUGAGGUUGCGGGUUCAAUCCCUGCCCUUGCUCAGUGGGUUAAGGAUCCGGCAUUGCCGUGAGCUGUGGUGUAGGUUGCAGACGCGGCUCCGAUCCUGCGUUGCUAUGGCUCUGGCAUAGGCCAGCAGCUACAGCUGUGAUUCAACCCCUAGCCUGGGAAUCUCCAUAUGCUGUGAGAGCAGCCCAAGAAAUGGCAAAAAGACAAAAAAAAAAAAAAAAAAAAAAAAAAGAAUGACUGCAUAAACUUGCAGGGUAAUAGGUAUAGGAAAAAAGCUUUCUACUGUAAGGGAAGAAACUUGACUUUUCUAAAGAAACAUCUCUUAAAAAUGUUUCUGACUGCUAAAGUACUUCAAAUGUAUGUACCAAUUUAAGUUUGCCUUGAAAUUGGGUUGAACAGCUGAAACCAUGUUUUAAAAAAUUAAAAAGCUAAUAAACUAGUAAGCUAGUCUAGAGCCUUUUAGGAUAAAACCCUGUUUAACACUUACUCAUGGUAGUAUUACCAAAAAUUGCCUUUGCCACAUGAGUCCUGCCAUCUGUUUCCCUAUCUAAAUUAUAAGAAGGCCUUGAAUUAGUCAUGAGAAAAUGGAUUUUUUCCCUCCUCUGUUCUGGAAGAAAAAAGAUAAGUGUUCAGUUGAUUUAUAUUUGAUAAUUUUUUUUUUCUAUUUUGGUUUUUUCACAUCUUUGUUCAACCAAAAGUCUAGUUAUUUCUUCUUGAAGGCUUACGAUAUGUUUAAUUAAAUGUCAAAUGAGAUUCUUUUUAAAAGAGGAGUCAAGUUUUCCAAACUGUUGCAGUCAGCUCCAGAGAACUUUUCCUCUCUCAUAAAGAAGUUUGUUUAUUUUUUGUUUGUUUGUUUUUGGCACUUUUGGAAGUUCCUGGGCCAGGGAUCAAAUCCAUGCCAUAGCAGUGAUAACAUCAGAUGACUAAUCCACUGAGCUACCAGGGAACUCCAAAGUACUUUUUAUUUGCAUCCAUUUAUUAUGGUUCCAUUAAUUUAUUGAAUUACCUGACUUUAUAAAAAAUAUUUUCAAAUUUUUUCUUGCCUUAAGAUAUAACGUUUUCUACUUAAAUGAUUACCUAAGGAGUGAUUCUUUACAUUACAAGAGAUUUCUUUAGUUUAUCAUUCCUUUAAACCUAUGAGAGAAGAAUGCCAAAGUAACAUUUAAUAUACUUCUCUGCGACUUUUCAUAAUCAGAAAUUUUAAAUUAUAUUCACAACAUAAUUUGCUUUUAUUUUAAUGUGAACACGUAUUAGGAAAUUAUUUAGAAUUUACCUUUCAAAGUGAUUAUAAGAAUUAGGCUGAGUUAAAAUCUCUUUUUGUUUGGAUUAAUCAAAUUUAGAAAUAUCUCUAUAUGUGAGACUAGGAAUUUAUGUAAUCUGUGAGUAACGGAAAUAAGGGUAUCCUUUCUUUGUUUCUAAUGAUUGUUAUUGUUUUCUUAGGUUUGAGAACAACUAUGUAUUAGCUUUACUUGGCUGAUGUCGGUAAAUGUGUCUAUUUCCUAAAUGUAAGGACUGCACUUAAUAAUUUAUGUAAACGUGAAACACUACAGUAGCAGAAAAAAAUAACAUCGGCACUUUAGCCAAAAUAUGCACUGUAACAUGGAUGUAUUUCUACUACUGCCAAAUAAAAAAGCAAUGGUACUUCUU